AUGGUUAUUGAGGCACUUAGUGAUGAUGAUUUCAUUAUUGGUAAUAAUGAAAUUGUUGUAGAGAUUGAUGAGUCGAAAUUCAGUAGAAGAAAGGAAACUGAAGGCAUUUGGGUUAUUGAUGGAAUUGAAAGAACCGAUAAAAGAAAAUGUUUCUUUAAGUGGUAA